AUGUCAAAUAAUAUAUUCGAACAUGCCGACAUUGAGAUCUAUGUGCCUCACCUGAAGAACUUUGUUGUUCAGGAACCGAAUGAUGACUCUGAUAACAAGGUAAAUGAUAUAAGUGAUGCAGUUGCUACCAUUGAGUUAGCCUCCGAAAUAGUAUCGGAGUCGAAAUGGGGCAAAACCCUCAAUAAGGCAAUCAAAGGCGUGGUUUCUAUCCAGUUCUCUACAGUGGAAGCCUUUGACGAAGAGGUUAGGGGUGAUUAUCAAGCUUCUGGGUUUGUUGUGGACUCCAAAAGAGGUAUUAUCCUUACUAACCGCCACGUCGUAUGUACUGGACCCAUUAGAGCAUAUGCGGUGUUUGAAAAUCACGAAGAGGCACCAGUGUAUCCCAUUUACAGGGAUCCUAUUCACGAGUUUGGUUUCUUGAAGUUCAAUCCUGAGGAUAUAAAGUAUAUGGAAAUCAGUGAAGUCUCCCUUCGGCCCGAUUUGGCCGCGGUGGGCACUAAUUUUCGAAUCGUUGGCAAUGAUUGUGGUGAAAAGUUAUCCAUUAUGGCAGGAGUGAUCUCUCGCUUGGAUAGAAACCCUCCUGAUAUGAAUGGUGCCAAUGAUUUCAACACUGAAUACAUACAGGGAGCAGUGAGCGCCUCAUGUGGCUCUUCGGGGUCUCCUAUCAUCGAAGAAGGUGGAAAUGCGGUUGCUUUGCAGGUUGGAGGAGUCAAUAAUGGAGCUUGCGACUUCUUUCUUCCACUAUGGAGACCAAAAAGGGCACUCAACUGUAUCAAGAAUGGUGAACCUAUAACAAGGGGUGAUAUUCAAACCAAAUGGAACCAUCUUGCGUUCGACGAAUGUCGUCGUUUAGGUUUAACUUCUGAAGCAGAAGCAGAAGCCAGAAGGCUUUUUCCGAAUACGUCAGGUUUAUUAGUGUUCGAGGUGAUUUUGCCUGAAUCUCCUGCCGAAAAAUUGUUUGUGGAGGGUGAUGUGUUGAUUUCUAUUGACGGAGAGCCAAUUGCGACGUUCCUUAAGCUUGAUGAAAUCCUUGAUGCCAAUGUUGGCAAGUCGUUGGAUUUUGUAUUCCAACGCAGCGGAAUUCAGUUGGUAAAGUCUAUUGUCAUUGAGGAUCUUCAUGCAAUCACCCCAGACAGAUACGUGGAAGUUGCUGGUUCGAUAUUUCACGAACUUUCCUAUGUUGUCGCAAUGGAGAACAGAGUUGCUGUGAAAGGCAUCUGUGUCCCCAGUGACUAUGGAGGGUUUCGACGUAUAUGCACGGAAAACUCAGUAUUAGAGCUGAUCAAUAAUACUCCUAUUUCAGAUUUGGAAGCUAUUAUUGAAUUCAUGAAGCAAGUUCCUGAGGGUGAGACGAUUAUAUUCGAGCUGCGGUGCUUCGAAAACGAAAGUGUAAAGAGUUUUUCAAGUGUCAUUUGCAGGAGACAUUGGUCUCCUGAAUUGAAGCUUGCAAUUAGGAACGAUACGACGGGAUUAUGGGACUUUGAAACUUUACAAGAGAUGCCAAUAGAUAGUGAUAAGAGAUUGGAACCCAUCAUAACUCGAAUCACUCCCCCUGUCAAGUUUAAGGAAGAGAAACAAGGCUGUGCUUACAUUGUCAACUGCUUUGCUCAGGUGACAACUCGCUUGUCAAUAACAAUGGACUGUUACCCCUGUAUGUCUACUACUAUAUUUGGAAUGAUUAUAGAUGCAGAGAGAGGCUACAUAUUGGUGUCUAGGACGUAUGUAUCUCAUUACGCAAGUGAUAUCUACGUGACUUUUGGGCAAUCAGUUGAGAUUCCUGGUAAGAUCGUGUUCUUACAUCCAACUAAGUGUUAUGCUAUUGUGAAGUAUGAUCCGGCUCUCAUAAUUUCCAAUCUCCAAACUCCAAAAUUUUCGAAUGUACCUUUAAGAGUUGGAGACCAGGCUUUUUUUGUUGGGGUUGAUUUCGAAGGAACAGUGAUUACUGAUGAAGUUCAUAUCUCAUCAAUCUCCAUCAUUCCAGCAUGGCGUAGUGCUAGCUUACAGUACUACAGGGCAAUCAAUACCGUUGGACUUGAUGUCAUCAGUACUGCAGUCGAGACAUGCACUGCUGGAUUAUUUCUUGAUGAUGAUGGGACUAUAAGGGCAUUCUGGCUCCCAUUUAUUAGUGGAAAUAAUAAAGAUAUCAGGUUUGGUUUGGAUGUGGUUGAGGUUUUGGACGAAGUAAAGAACCUUAAAAAUGAUUUGCCUUUAGAUGUUCGAAUUGUGAAUGCAGAGUUUGACACGGAACCUUGCUCACUGGCGAGAGACUAUGGCGUUCCACAAGAAUGGAUCACAAGGUAUGAAAAUGAAGUGGAUUCUCUCUCACCUUUCUAUUCUGUAUGCAAAGUCGGGGCCCCAGAACAUGGUCAGCUUUGUAAACUACAAAUUGGUGAUUAUGUCUUGUCUGUGGAUGACAAGCUUGUCACUGAGCUUAGAGAUUUAGAUCCAGGCAAUAGAAGUGAGCUUAAGUUGAAGAUUGUGCGUGAAAAAAAAGUUAUGGACAUUGUUACGCCUACAAUAAGCACAUCCAACAUAGAAACCAAGCGCUUGCUCGUUUGGUGUGGAGCCACCAUUCAGAAACCCCACCUAGCUGUGAGACAGGUCUUCGAGAAGAUUCCAUCGGAAGUUUACGUAAGUUUUGCUGAAGAUGGAUCCCCUUGCCACCGCUAUGGAAUCAGCUAUACAGAUUUCAUCACGCAUGUCAAUGACCAGGAAACCCCGAACUUGGACGCAUUUCUCGAAGUCACUAAAGACAUAAGUGACGGAACUUAUUUGAAGUUGCGAAUUGUUAACAAAGGCAAAUCUCGAGCAGUAACUUUGAAGACGGAUUAUCACUACAGCCCCACUCGUAAGUACGAGAUGGAUGAUGACGGUAAGUGGACUGUUAAGAUCAUUCAAGAAAGUUAG